CCUUCCCAUCAACCAGAUCUCCAGGGACGACUUGGUCAAGAUUGUCUACAACUUUUAUAAGCGCAUGGCCAAUGGCUGCACCGGCAUGCAGAACUCCCACAACUACAACGCGGCCACCAUGACCGUCCAGUACGACGCGGUCAUUGCGAAGUGGCAGGCGGACGAGAGGAAUGCCAAGUACCCAGUGCUACUUCCAAUGCCUGGAGACCUCGGUCCAUUCAGGUUUCGCUUUUUCGAGUUGGUCUAUGGGAUCCUCGACCGGAAGCCUACCUGUAUGGAAGAUCACGUAGAUGUCAUAUUCGCGUCGCAGCGUGCCAUCGAGUUCCUCAUCGAAUGGGAAAUCCCGGCCGCAAAAGGCGACAACUUCGCAAACGAAGUGGAACUGGAAGCUAAUGAUUCGCUCUGCAGGGAAGUCAUGGGCCCGAAUUGGGGUCCUCAUAAUUUCCACCAGGGCACCGCACCCUUACCUGGUCAAUCGGCUCUUGCUCGACUUCAAUCCGUUGUGGGUCAGCAGGUCGUGAUCGAGACGACAACGUACACGAUUGCCGCCUGCCUUACUACUACUGAAGACUUCGACCCCGUGUACGUGCUGCAUGCUGCGGAUGGCUUGGGAAAGAAGUACAUUCCCUUGGAUGAGCUCAGGCCGUUGCUUCCGGAAUUCGACAUCGAUUAAUAUGAUGUGCUUUCAGAGUGAACGUUGUGUUUUCAUGCCCUGGGCAGGGCUCUAUGUUGCUCUACUUUGUUGCCUCCAGAACUGUGCAAUAUAUAGAGCUUGAUCA